AUGAUGUUCCUGGGAGCAGCUCCUCAAAAUGGGCGCACCAGCCCCAGCUAUGGCGGCGGAGGGUACCCGGGGGACACGGAGCUGCUCACCACCUUCAGCUGGGACGACCGAAAUGUGCGCCGCGUCUUCAUUCGCAAGGUUUACGCCAUCCUGAUGGCCCAGCUCCUGGUCACCGUUGUCAUCGUGGCUUUCUUCACCUUCUGUGAACCGGUCAAGGGCUACAUCCAGACCCACUCCGCCUGGUACUGGGCUUCCUACGCUGUUUUCUUYGUCACCUACCUGAUCCUCGCCUGCUGCUCCGGGCCCAGGUACGGGACCCUGUCCAUGGCCUAUCUCACUGCAAUGCUCUCCAGUUACUACAACACCAAGUCGGUGCUGCUGUGCCUGGGGAUCACAGCCCUGGUCUGUCUGUCCGUCACCAUCUUCAGCUUCCAGAGCAAGGUCCCAUGGCUCCACGCCGUCUACGCUCUGCUCGGGGCCGGGAUCUUCACCAUGUUCCUGGCCCUGGACACGCAGAUGCUGAUGGGGAACCGCCGCUACUCGCUGAGCCCCGAGGAAUACAUCUUUGGAGCCCUCAACAUCUACCUGGACAUCAUCUACAUCUUCUCCUUCUUCCUGCAGUUCUUUGGCUCCAGYCAGGAGUGAGGGCAGCGGGGCAGGAUCGUCCCCGUGCUGCCAGAUGCGAGGGGUUACAUGGCAGAGCAGAGGUUAAAGGGUUCCAAAGCACCGACCCGACCCAGUCCCUCCCUUUCUGGUCCAUCCAACGCGCCGAGGAGCGCUGGGCUCCUCCCGCAGCUUUGUACAUUUGCUGUCAGGCCUUUGUGACCCAGAGAGCAAAGCAGGGCUUCAGUGUCGUGUCCCUUCUGCUGCCCCUCUCCCGCCCAGCCCAAACCAGUCCAGACACUGGGGGAAGGAGAGCGGGACCCUCCCGGCCCCAGUGGCUGCUGGAGGUGCCCUCUGAGUCCUGCCCGGCAUGAGGUGAAAGUGCUGAGACAGAGUGGAGAAUUUGGUCAGAUCCUGCAGGAAAAGCAGCUGAGCCAAGGGGAAAGGUGUGGGGAAUCCUUGCAGUGCCCUGUUCUCCACGUUCCUUUGGUGGCCUCUGCGCUGUUCCCGGUGGUUCCUGCUGUUGGAAACGUGGGCUGUGGGGUCACGUAGCUGAUUGUGGUGCUCCAGGCACAAGGAACCUGUUUGUUUGGGACGUGCAGCUCUCUGAGGCCAUCCCUGGUGCCACUGCAGGAAGAAUUCCCCUGGAUCCUGGCCCUGGGGCUGAGCGUGUCCCUUUCCCUUUCCCUUUCCCUUUCCCUUUCCCUUUCCCUUUCCCUUUCCCUUCCCUUCCCUUCCCCAGGGUUCAGCAGGAUCCACGGGCCUCCUCCCACCCAGGGAAUGUUCUUGGAUUGUGGCUCCCCACCGGGGUGGGAUUGGGAUCCCAAGGAAGGGACAUUGCCAGGAACUGGCAGAGAAGAGAUGGAGGUGGCUGAAUUCCCCCAAAAUGCUGGGAAACGCAAUUCCAUGUGGAAAACGGGCUGGGAUCCUGUGACCCACCCCAAGGAUCUGGCACUAUCACAGAAUUAUCUUGGUUGCUCCAAAUUAACGCUCCUAAGGGAAUUUCCCCAGGGAUUGAGGCCGUUGGAACAGCCGUGUCCCCUGUCCCUGUUGAACAGCAGUGUCCCUGUCCCUGUUGAACAGCAGUGUCCCUGUCCCUGUUGAACAGCAAUGUCCCCUGUCCCUCUUGGACCAGCACUGUCCCCUGUCCCUGUUGAACAGCAGUGUCCCCUGUCCCUGUUGAACAGCAGAGUCCCUGUC